CUGAAGACCCUGGCGGAACAUUUUUAAAUUUCUGUGCUAUUUUUCUGUAUUUCUCUUUACCCCCGCUUGCCAUAGAGACAUGGCAGGACUCACAGAUCCGUUAGGCGUUUACAGAUCACUGGUGUCGAAAUGCCCAAGAAAGGGAACCGAAAACGGCUGAAAUUUAAGGCCGGGGACGUUUGCUCGGAGUCAGUCACUGUUGCUGACUAUGCCGAUGCCGAUCCAGCCCUGGUGAAGUCGGGAAGGCUGAAGAAGGCAGUGGCAAAUGCUGUUGAAAAAGAAGUACAACUACUCCGCGGUUUGGAGGCAUCUCAGGGUGCUGUGGAAGAAGUCCUCUCGUCUGCAGCAAGUGCCAAUGCAGACGCCCUGGACAGCAGUGAUGAGCCGGACCCCGAUGAAGAGGGAGGAGGCGAAGUUAAAGUAGCCUGCAAAAAGAAAAACAAAAGGAGAAAAGAGAGCACUGAGAACAGUAUUGGAGAAGAUUACCCAGUGGACAUCUGGUUAAUGCUUUCCUCUUAUAUUCGUCCUGAGGAUGUGUGCAAGUUUGCUUUGAUCUGCAGACAUGCCUGGACGGUCACUUGUACUGCAGCUUUUUGGACCAGACUCUACAGAAGACAUUACAGGGUUGAUGUUGAGCUACCAUGUCAUCUCAAGCCUCGCUCCAUAGAUAGGAUGCGCUGUCUACGGGCCUCUGUGAUUCGCUCUCUUUUCCAUUUGUAUGAGCCGUUUAGCUCACGUGUGUCAAACAUUCCUGCACUGCCAGAAUCCACACCCACCACUAUGCUCAACUCCAAGUGUUUACUCUUCUGGGUCAAGAAGGUGUCAGGGACUCGACAAGAGCCAUUGUGGGAGUUUUACUUCAAACUUAUGAAGCCGCAAGGACACAGUAAGAAUGGUUGUGCCAAGUCCUUGCGCUCGCCCAAACAAUAUGAAGAUGUUCACCUGAACCCGGACUCUGACUGCUACGUGCUUCAGGUCACAACGCUCAACUUCAUUUUCAUCCAUGUGGUCAUGGGCAUGACGCUGGCCCAGUUCAAAAUCAAUGUGAGCACGGACAUGCGCCACCACCGUGUUCGUCUGCUGUUCCAAGACUCGCCGCUUCACCGGGGAAAGAAAAGAGCGGAUCUGGGCGGGACCCAGGUGGUGUUGGAUCCUGUACACAGUGUGAAGCUCAUGGACUGGUGGCAUCCACAGUACCCCUCCUUACCCCACACAUGAACGCUGUCCCUUAUUUCUCACAGCAGCGGAUGAAGAACCCAGCUGGUGUCUCGACAAAAUCAUAAAACAAAAAGAAACAAUAGUGGAUCACACUCUUUGAUAUCAAGACGUUAUGGUUUGAUAGAUGCUCUGACUGACCUAAAAUGUAACACAAAUAUCGAGACUCAGUCAGCAUGGAAGAGAAUAAUGUGUUUUUGGUGUAAUCAUCUGUUGUCCACCAGUAUUGCACACAGGCAGCAUUUUUGUCUUUUGAGCAUAAAUGUAUGUCACAUUUUCAGAAGAGCUCAUGGAGGAAUGGAUUAACAGGAUGGAACAUUUGCGUGUCCUUCCAUUAGUUUGUGUCACGCUCACUUGUAUAGUCACUGAGUUAUACAUUCAUUAGGGGUUGAUUUGAAUGUUGACAUCUCAAAUCGUUAGUUGUACAUGCAUUUACCCAUUUUUUUUAUAACCCUGAUCACCCUAGUUGGUGUUAUGUUGGCCUGGAGCCUACAUCAGCUCCAACUGGUAUGUUGAGAGAGAGGUGGGAUCCGCCCUGUACAGGUCACCAGGUGUAUUCUUUUAAAUUCAGUUUCUGGCCUAUUUAUUUUUGAGGCAUUUAUAAUUACAUGAGUAUAUAUGAUUACAUUGAAUGAGCCAAAGAAAUUAUUUACCUCGAACAUCAUCCACUGAUCUGGGCAGUGUUUGUUUGCAAACACUUAAUGUUCUUGUUGAUGUAUGGAUGUUCGUUCUGUCAAAUGCUUGAAUUUGUAAAUGUAGCUAAAUUGUUCCAAUCACAUGCUAUAUGUGGGAAUAUUACUUAUAUCUAAAUUAAUUUAUUCAUUCUUCCCAUAUAGUUCUAAUCAUUUAUCUUGAUUUUCACUUGAAGGGGGAAAAAAAGAUCAAGUCAGCUACAAAUGUUGUAGUAAUAAAGUUUUAGUUGUGUUACCACUUAGCAGAGUUCAGCUGGACAUUAGAUUUAUAAGAAUGUGGCUUACUUUUAUCAAAGAGAGUUCAAAUGCACGAUCCUCUCAAAUAAAAAGACAAUAGUCAAUGGUUCUCCAGUCUUGUCUGCAUGCU